AUAAUAAAGCCUUGGCAUCUCCAUCUUUUUUUCUCAACAAAUCUUCCAAAACGAUGAUGCAGGCAACGAUGGGACAAAACCAAGGCGUUGAAUCUAGAGUCGAAGAUAUCAUCAUGACGGAGCCGUCACCGUUCGAUUUCUUGCCGGAGGAUUGCAUCUCCAAAAUAAUCUCCUUCACAAGUCCACGUGAUGCUUGCGUCGCCGCUUCGGUUUCUAAAACGUUUGAAUCGGCGGUUAAGUCAGAUAUCGUGUGGGAGAAGUUUCUUCCGCCGGAAUAUUCCUCGUUGAUCCCACGAUCGAGAGCUUUCUCGUCCAAGAAGGAACUCUAUUUCGCUCUCUGCGAUGAUCCUGUUUUAAUCGAAGAAGGCAAAAAGAGCUUCUGGUUAGAGAAAGCAAGUGGAAAAAGAUGUAUUAUGUUAUCUUCGAAGGAAGUGUGGAUCACAUGGGGAAGUAGUCCACAAUAUUGGCGAUGGGUUUCAGUUCCUGAAUCUAGGUUUGAAAAAAUAGCGGAGCUACUCAAUGUAUGUUGGUUUGAGAUUCGUGCUGGGAUGCAUACUCGUUACCUAUCUCCAGGAACUCGUUACUCGGUUUACAUUGUGUUCAAGACAGAGGACGGAUGUCCUGGAUUGGGUGAUAUCCCGGUUGAAGCUGGAGUUGGGUUGGUUGGACAAGAAUCUUCUCAAAAGUUGAUAUACUUUGUUGGGCCUAGUGGUCGAAGGAGAGACAGAGAAAGGAGAGAUGUGACCAGACCAAAGGAGAGGGAAGAUGGGUGGAUGGAAGCUGAGCUUGGUGGGCUGUACAAUGAAUCAUGUUGUGAUGAUAUCUCGGUUAGUGUUGUUGAGACCAAGUCUCCUUACUGGAAACGUGGUUUGAUCAUUCAAGGAUUUGAAUUUCGCCCCGCGAAAACUCAGUAACACUAGCUAUAUGCAGUUUCCUGUUUAUGCUUGUUUUGUUCAGUUUCAUGUCUAAGCAACGUGAAACGCUUUGUUGUAUUGUAAUGUUUUCGUAACUUUCAAGUUUUUGGAUUGAAUGUGUGCAUGGUUUGAUUUUGAUCACAUGAAGAAAUCAAUACAUAAAAUGUGUGUGUUCCUCCUUUCUUAUCAAA